UUCGCUUGGCUUCGCUUGACUUGGCUGUGCUUUGGAGUCUUGUUCGUAUUCUUCGCAGCCCUUUCUCUCGUAGCCUUUCUCUGCACCUCUUCCCCUUCCAUAUCCCCGCCAUUGCCUUCGUUGCCUCCCACUUCGUGGACGUCGUCAUCGUCCUAGGUGACUGUGUUACUGGAGCUGCACGGGGCGGGUUAGGAGGCGCUUUCGCGGGGGCUGCGAAGACACUGUGUGGAAGUGAAGAGUGGAGGAGGAGGAAGAGAGAGGAGGAUUUGAAGUAGGAAGGAGGAAGAGUGAGGGAGAAAAAACGGUGGAGAGUUGUAGGGGGAGCUUUGCUGGCCAGGUGCGUUGGAUUGAGUGGAUGUGAGAGGAUUUUGCGAAGGGUCGGAAGGGGUGUUGAUAGUGCCAGGUGUUUUAGAAGCCUGGAGGUGCGGAGGCAAUGUGUUGGAGCAGUGAAUGUCGAGACCAGGCGGAGGGGUGGUGCCAACGGGCGGGCGCAGGUCGUUGGUGUUAAUUUGAAAGGGGGGAUACUGGACAGGGGAGCCGAGGUGUGGUGCUGGCCAUGUUGGUAGUCUUAGUGCGAGGAGGAGGAGGCGGAGGACUCUGUGAUUGUGUCGGGGUUGUGUUGGAAUGAUCGGGAGCGAUGGAAGGUAGGAAGAGGAAGGGUUCGGGGUUUGAUGACCUUGAUUGAGUGGCGAUUGAGUGGGAACACGAACAUUUGUCAAUGUGGUUGGGGUAUUGGAGUUUUCUGCAAGACAUCAUUAGUGUUUUGGUCGUAAGCAACUUGGCGAAUGUAAAUGUGGAGCGUUGAGGAGCAGCGCAGGAACAGGCAUAUGUUCUAUGUAACAGAAUUUUUUGAUUCAAAAUCUUGCAAAACGACAAUUACACAUUGGCAAAAUGAAGCGAGCUUACAAAUUACAGGAAUUUGUUGCGCACGCGUCCGAUGUCAACUGCCUCAAAAUUGGAAAGAAGUCCUCCAGGGUCCUGGUCACGGGCGGGGAGGAUCACAAAGUUAACAUGUGGGCUAUUGGCAAACCUAAUGCUAUACUGAGUUUGGCAGGUCACACCAGUGCAGUGGAAUCGGUUACUUUUGAUACAGCAGAGGUUGUAGUCGUCGCCGGAGCUGCAAGUGGUACCAUCAAACUUUGGGACCUUGAAGAAGCUAAAAUUGUACGCACUCUUACAGGUCAUCGAUCAAAUUGUAUAUCAGUAGAUUUUCAUCCUUUCGGAGAGUUCUUCGCGUCGGGAUCUCUAGAUACAAAUCUCAAAAUAUGGGACAUUCGGCGAAAAGGAUGCAUCCACACUUACAAAGGACACACGCGAGGCAUUAAUUCCAUCAAAUUUAGUCCAGAUGGGCGUUGGGUGGUUUCUGGGGGUGAAGACAAUAUUGUGAAACUUUGGGAUUUAACCGCUGGGAAGCUAAUGCAUGAUUUCAAAUAUCAUGAAGGACAAGUCCAAUGUCUGGACUUCCAUCCUCACGAAUUUCUUCUUGCUACAGGUUCCGCAGAUAGGACAGUCAAAUUUUUUGAUCUCGAAACUUUUGAGCUCAUUGGGUCUGCUGGUCCCGAAUCUGCAGGAGUGCGAUCUAUGGUUUUUAAUCCAGAUGGACGAACUGUAUUAUGUGCUAUGCAGGAUAGCCUGAAGGUUUUCUCUUGGGAACCGCUCAGAUGUCACGAUUUAGUAGACGUUGGCUGGCACAAGCUUGCGGAUCUCUGUAUCCACGAAGAAAAGUUGCUCGGAUGCUCUUUUAACCAGAGUUGUGUUGGUGUAUGGGUUGUAGAUCUCCAGCGUGUGGCUCCUUAUCAGAAUGGGAGUGCAGGGUGGAAGGAUGGUCCAAGCGUUGGGUUCAAAGUCGACAACGACGGCAACCAAACUCCACAAGAAGUGCGUUCUGUCUCACACCCCAAGACAGAUGCUAGUGCGAGUCUUCCUCACAUGAUUGACGUGACAAUGAAGAAUGUGAAAAUCACCCCUGCUAAAGAAACAAGCAGCUCUCACCCCCCUCAAACUGCACCAAACAGUGGUAGAAGACCUGCAAAUAUCCUUACCACGGUUCCUGCUACUCCAACACCUACUAUAGCCUCUCGUAGAAGUAGUAUUGCAGCGCCUAAGGCGACUCCACCCAGUGCAAGCUCAUUCAGAUUUUCUAGCCGAUCUGAUGCCAAUGCGGGAGGUAGCCCAAGACUAUCGACAGCUUCUGACUGUGAGCCUGGAUUGGAUGAUACAAGGCCGACUGUAACCGCAGGUGGAGUGUCGAUGUCAACAUCUAAAUCACAUGAUCGUGAUUUAGAUAACGUUGACGGGAACGGUGAUGGCGCUAGUGAUGCUUUUAGGACGGAUCCUAUUCCGCACGUGAAUAGGUCAAGCUCAGCCCGUAGGCCAGAUAGCAGUGGUCACGGCUCGGCAUCUCAGUAUGGAAGCAGGUCAAACCUGAUUUCUCAUUUGGGUACCAAAGAAGACGAUGCAACUGUCAACUGGAACGGCAGCAGAAGUUAUAGUUCUAGAAGGAGUUCAUCUUUUGAUGUUCCUUUGGAUAACAAUCUGGGUCGUUCUCAUUCCUUUUCAGAUGAAUCAUCUCGUAACCAGGCUACUAGAAAUGCUACAGGAACUGAGGCAUCCACGACAGGACGUGUUGAAGUUGGGACGACUAAAGCUCUUCUUGCCCAAUGGGAGAGGAAAGAGAAGCCGAGGCUUCCAGAAAAUUCAGCCUUUGUAGAAAAACCGGUGGUUGUGGAGAAGUCAAUGCCUGAACCCAGGUCAUAUGUUGUGGAGAAGUCGGCUUCUCAUGAGGCGCCAAGUGGGGGUGGUGGAGUUAAAACGCUUGGGCUGGAUAUCAAUUCAUUUGUUCCAAAAGGUAGUAGUCUUCUUUCAGAAAGGAAAAUCUCAGCGGCGAAGCAAGAUACCGAAAUCAUUGAGGAGUUACUCCUUCAGCACCAUACAAUGGCUAGCAUUAUGCAGUCGCGUCUUACAAAUAUGCAGGUUGUGAGGCGUUUCUGGAAUAAGAAUGAUAUGAAGGGUGCCAUUGAAGCUAUGAAGAAGAUGACCGACCACUCUGUACAAGUUGAGGUUCUCUCUGUGUUCAUGGAAAAAUCGGAUCUCUUGACGUUAGAGAUCUGCUAUUUGUUAAUCCCCUUGUUAAAUGGUCUUCUUAGUACAGACAACGACAGAUUCCUUAUGACGGCUCUAGAGCUUUUGGGAAAGCUUGUGGAGACGUUUGGUCCGAUUAUCCAUGCCACUCGAACUUCCGCACCAUCAAUAGGGGUCGACUUACAAGCAGAGCAACGGCUGGAGCGAUGCAAUAUGUGUUAUCAUGAAUUGCAAGCUGUAGGGCAUAGCUUGUUGCCCCUCAUGAGGAAAGGAGGGGACUUAACAAAAGCAGCUAGGAACUUACAAGAGGCUCUUGGACGAGUUUGAUAGGAAAUGCCGGCAGAUUUUGGUCCUGAUUUCUUUGCACCUUCGUUGUGGUAGUUGUAUACGGAAAGAAUUAGUGAUAGGAAGCAAAGUAGGAUUUUCUAUUGGUGUAGGUAAUGAGUUUCCCUUCUAGUUUCUAGCUCCUUUGCACGUGGUGCAUUGCCUAGUAUUGCUAAAGAAGACAUGAACCUUUUUAAGCUCAACCUGCAAGAACCGUAGUUCUGGCAGAAUGGGACCGGCUCCAUUCCAAAGGAGUCUACCUUCAUCAGCAAACGCAUGAAACGAGCAGUUGGUACCCUCUUUAACCAUAAAUUCUUUGCCUGGACUUGACUGGAAAGGCUCUUUAGAAUAGUGGGACCUUCACGAUCACUGUCUAAUAUUGUUCACAAGGGGAACUGUGUCCUGUCAUAUCCAUUCUUGACCUGAAGGGAUUUUGAUCUGGACCCCGUGUAAGGUUUUGUAUGUUGAAAUAUGAGCGUGCUUUGGUAUUACUUCGAACUGUUCGGGAA